AUGGGGAUCGGAUCGUUGCUGAAGACGGCGGCCGCGUCGGUUGGCGGCGUUCUGUUUGUUUCUUAUUUGGGGUUCAUCAAGCCCCUCAAGUACUAUGGCCGUAUGGCAGCCUAUGUGAUGUGUGUGCUGAUCUCCGCGACGUAUGGCGUUUUGUUGAGUGCGGUUCUGGUGUUUGUGGGCAAGCGGCGGCUGGUCCAGCACCUCGUGGCCCGCUUCUUUUUGUGUCUCACUAGUGUUGUUAUGGGGAUUCACAUGAAGGUUGAGAAUGCCGAGACCCUCACCAACACGCGCCCGGCUGUGUUUAUUUCCAACCACCAGAGCAUGCUUGAUGUGCUUGUUUUGGGUGCCAUUUUCCCUCCAUACACUUCUGUGACGGCCAAAAAGAGCCUCAAGUACUAUCCGUUCUUGGGAUGGUUCAUGUGGGCGUCUGGUUCUGUCUUUCUCAACCGCACGAAUCGCGCCAAUGCUCUGAAAGCCUUCGAAGACGCCAAGGUCGAAAUCAAAAAGUACAAGCAGAGCGUUUUCAUGUUCCCUGAGGGCACCCGUUCUCACGCAUUUUCUCCUGAAAUGAUGCCCUUCAAGAAAGGUGCUUUCCACCUUGCUAUCCAGAGCCAGUUGCCCGUCGUGCCCAUUGUAGUCUCCAACUACUCUAGAAUUUGGAGCCAGCCGCACAACCACAUUUCCACAGGCACAGUGCCCAUUCGUGUGCUUGAUCCAGUGCCUACCAAGGGAUUGACCGCUGCUGAUGUGGACAGUCUUAUUGCCAAAGUUCGUGAGAACAUGCUGAAGGCCUCGACGGAGCUCGGCUACGCGCAGGCCACUUCCUAA